GUGGUGUUGGUGGGGGGUGGAGUCAGAUUGGGGAAUAAUUUAGUGUGGUAAUGUCUCCUCCGCAGUCCGUGGUCUCUUGCCGCCGACCAAGGAUACACUCUCUCUCUCUCUCUCUCUCUCUAAACCAUUUCUUUAAAAGCUUCAAAUCUGCAUAAACCCAAUUCUCUCUUUCUCUCUUCUCUUCUCUCUCUCUCUUUCUCUCUCUCUCUCUCUCUCUCUCUCCAUCUUUCUCUCUCAUCACUAAGAAAUUGCUUUUGAGUUUGUUGCUGUCAAGAUUCGGUCAAACGAAGCAUAUAUCCUUUUCACUUCUUUGAGAUCUCCCUUUCUCUCUCUCUCUCUCUCUCUCUCUCUCUCUCUCUCUCUCUCUCUCUCAUCUUCAAGCUCAAGAAAUUACUCAUUUUCAUAAAUUAAGAGGCCCCUUUUUCAUUUCGCUGUUUUCGGGUUUUCUUCCGUUGAUUCGGUGCUGUGUUGUGGAAACCCGGAAGCUCAUUUGGGUGUAGUGCAUUUUGCUGUGUUAAGUUUUUAGAGUGUUUUGAAUCUGAGAAGAAGAAAUAAAAAUCAGAUCUUUAAGUUGGGGGAGAAUGAAGUUUAUGAAGCUUGGAUCCAAGCCUGAUACCUUUCAGAUUGAUGGCAACAACAUAAGAUACGUAGCUAGUGAGCUGGCAACAGAUGUCGUCGUUCAAGUUGGCGAUGUGAAGUUCUAUCUACACAAGUUUCCACUCCUCUCAAAAAGCGCCCGUCUCCAAAAACUCGUUUCUUCAUCCAACGAAGGAAACUCUGACGAGAUCAACAUCCACGACAUUCCAGGCGGGCCCACCGCCUUCGAAAUAUGCGCCAAAUUCUGCUAUGGAAUGACAGUCACACUAAACGCAUACAACGUAAUCGCAACUCGAUGCGCAGCCGAAUACCUCCAAAUGCACGAAGCGAUCGAAAAGGGAAACCUUAUUUACAAAAUCGACGUUUUCCUAAACUCGAGCCUCUUCAGAAGCUGGAAGGACUCAAUCAUAGUCCUUCAGACAUCCAAAUCUUUAUUACCGUUAUCUGAGGAACUCAAACUCAUCACCCACUGCAUCGAAGCAGUCGCCUCCAGAGCCUCGGUCGAUGUCUCCAAAGUUGACUGGUCAUACACUUACAACCGUAAAAAGCUUGUCGAGGAAAACUUGACCGAUCCUAGCUGGCAUGGCGUCAGAACACGAGAGGUCCCCAGUGAUUGGUGGGUUGAGGACUUGUGCGAGCUCGAAAUAGACAUGUACAAACGAGUUAUGACAGCGAUUAAGAAUAAAGGGAUUGUUUCGAACGAGGUCGUUGGAGAGGCUUUGAAAGCUUACGCUUACGGAAAAUUGCCUGGCUCGGGGAAAAACGUGGUCCCGCAGAACGAUGUGUCCAAAUUUCGUUCGAUUUUAGACACGAUUGUGUGGCUUCUGCCUCAAGAAAAGGGUUGUGUGUCGUGUAGCUUCUUGCUCAAGUUAUUGAAAGCUGCGAUAUCGGCUAAUUCGGCGGAGAGUGUGAAAAUGGAGCUCGUGAAGAGAAUAGGGCAGCAAUUGGAAGAGGCUUCGGUUAGUGAUUUGCUUAUACGAGCUUGUGAUGCGGGAGUAGAAGAAGGGAUGAUGAUGUAUGAUGUGAAUGUGGUCAAGAAAAUACUCGAGGAAUUUACGAUGGCUGAUAAAAAUGAAAUUGAGGAAAACGGAGGCGAAAUUAAGGAGAUUAGAAGGCCUGGGAUUUUGUCGGAAGCUUCUAAGCUUAUGGUGGCGAAGAUUGUCGACGGUUAUCUUGUCGAGAUUGCAAAGGAUCCGAAUCUUCCUCUUUCUUUGUUUAUUGGUAUUUCGGAGAUGGUUUCGGGAUUUUCUCGGCCUGCGCAUGAUGGUCUUUAUCGAGCCAUUGAUACGUAUCUCAAGGAGCACCCCGGGAUCGGAAAAAGCGACAGAAAGAAGAUAUGCAAGCUCAUGGACUGCAAGAAGCUCUCAGCCGAUGCGUGCAUGCACGCGGUCCAAAACGAGAGGCUCCCAUUACGAGUCGUGGUGCAGGUUCUCUUCUUCGAGCAGGUCCGAGCGGCCGCAUCAUCUGGCAGUAGCACUCCCGACCUGCCGAAAGCAAUAAAAGACCUAAACAGCGGCUCGUACGGUAGCUCCAGGUCAGCAACCACCACUAACACCAAUACCAAUACGGACGAGGAUUGGGAUGCUGUGGCCUCGGCCGAAGAGCUCAGGGCGCUCAGGGGUGAGCUGGCGGCGCUACGGUUGGGGAACGAAGUUGUCGGUGGUGGAGAGAGUCGGAGUGGCAAUAGUGAAAGGGGGGCUGCCGUUAGUAAAAUGAAGGGGUUGAUUAUGUCGAGGAGAAUAUUCUCCAAGAUCUGGUCGAACAAGGCCCCCGCUGUGGAGAAUAGCGGUUCGGAUUCGUCGGAGAGUUUGGGGUCGACCAAUCAGGAUGAAGCCAAGUGUACGCCGACGAGGAGAGGGAGGCACUCUGUUUCUUAGCAUUUGGUGAAAGAUUUGAUUUUUAUUUUUAUUUUUAUUUUAAUGUUUUUUUUGGGUAAUUUUGAAAUUGAAUUAGCAUGUGGCUAAAGAUUAGAACUUAAAUCAAGAAUAUAUAGCAUAUAGUCUAGAGGAGUUGAUGACGUGUCACUGUUGUUGAAGAAGAAGAAAAAACUUUUGUUAUGGUAUUUUAGAAGUUAGUCUC